GCGAGAGUGGCGUUUAGUACUGCUCGGGAUCGACGUCAAGAUGGCCAUUUUGUUUACUCCCAGCGCUGGUCGGCUCGUCUAGGUUCGGGGUAUUACCAUACAGAGGUGGAGUAGCUCCAUAGGACACCAUAGUGGUGGGUUCCGAAAAUCAAUAAAAUCCUGAGCGUGUGAAGAGUGUGUGCGGACCUGGUCACUUCCGGCGGGGCUCUUGUGACACUCCUCUGCGGUGGAGAAUCGUGCGUUCCGGGACUCUCGAGUGCGAGGUGACCUCAAUUCCGCGAGAUUCGGGAGAGGUCGAGUGAAGUGACGGGUUGCGAGUUCGAUCCCCGGAAGAUGGUGUAGGAUUUUUUUGGUCGGGUAUCGCUGAAUCGUCGUCGUCGCGCAGACGACAAUCAAGAGAAGGAAAAAAGUGGAAUGAAAAUUCGAUAAAAUUUUCCUUUUCGGAAGCGAAAAAAAGAAGUGAGUGUCUGUGUCUGUGCAAUAAGGCAAUCUCUGUGUGUGCUCGGGGAGAGUCUCCAAAACCGGAUUGUGCAAAGUGUGUGCAAGGAAGAUCAGCAAGCAAGAAUUUUUCGAGGAGUUUGGCGAAGCAGAUUUUGGAGUUGCGGAGAAUCAACGAAGCAGCGGUAGCCGAAAUACAGAAAAAAAAGACUCGAACGCUCUCACCGAACGCCACUUCGAAAGAGGACAACGCAAGGACUCUCUCUCUUUCUCUCGAAAACUCUCUGAGCAAUCGGCCGCUCUCUCAUCGGUUCCAGCGCUGCUUCGCAGCGACCCUCUCGCCAGUUACCAUCGGAACGGCACCGGCGUAGGAGCGCAGACCCGGAUUACAAAACCAUCGUCGCGGCGUAGUUCCGGCAAGUCGGAACGGUCAACCCGAAAUCGAACGCGAACGCGGGGUUCAGUGAUUGAUUGAGGAGGGGGAAAACGCAUCGCGAGUGAAACAAGUCGAAAAUAUUCGAGAGCGAGAAUCUCUCGAUCGGGAGCGAGAGCGGAUAAGGUCCAAGAGUGCUCUGUACCGUGGUUCGACUGGGAGCAGGGAGAAGAAGAAGCAAAUAAUUAAAUAUUCCCUGCCCGUGUCAGUGUGUGUGUGAGUGUUUGUGAGGCUUUUUCGUGAGCCAGUGUUGGUCGGAAGAAGUGGGUUCAGCGAAGAAGAAGAAGAAGUGCUUGUGUCUAUGUUGCUUUCUUGAUCCCCGACUAAAACGAGGGCAUCGUCGAAGACACCCCGAAAGAAGAAGAAGCUCGGGGGAAUGAGUAAGCUUCUAUCUGCUGGUUUCUAGUCCCUCCGCUGCACACGACCUUCCGAGGUUCCGUACCUACCGAAGAGCAGAAGAGGUUCAGCUUGGUUGGACCUGAGUUCCAGCGCUCGGUUUCGGUGUAUUGGUGUUACGCUGGGGCAACGGAGAAGAAGAAGAACCAGACAUGUGAUAAAUAUGAACACAGCGGUGUUCGACUGAAAACGUCCCGAAGGCGGCCUGCACGGCCGGGAAGACCUCGCCGAAGAGGUGCUACAAGCAGAAGAAGAAGAAGGGUGUGUGUGUUUUCAAGUGGUUCAAGAGAAGAGAAAAAUGACGACGACCGAGAAAAUCCUUCGGCGAAGAUGUGCUUAGACAGCCGUAGUGUUUCGGGGCGUUUUUGUUCUAGUUUGGGAUAAUUUCUCAUCAACACCAUCGCCGCCACCGUGUGUUUCAACGUUUCUAAAAUCGAUAAUCCGCUCCACUUGAGCGCAACGAGCGUGAGCGUGGGGUUAGCCCUCAAGUGUGUGAACACAGAGUUGCCACACCACCAUGUUGGCCGAAGGGACAUUGCACAAAAGGUACCGAAUCUCCUGGAGAAGGAGCUCGGAGGAGGCGGCGGCGCAGCCUCCCCAAGAAGUAGAUCAACCACAGCAAGAAGAAGAUGUCUGCCUUAGUAGUAGGAUCAGUGAUAUCGCCAGCUGUUGCCGGCUCCGGAUAUCGGACCGCCCCGGCUGUUCCGACUGUUGUGAUCCCGAGGACGCGGACGACGACGCCGCCGCCACGGCGUCUCCGUUCCCCUUCAGCAGCUACCCUAGCAGCACCGCGAGCAGUUCUACCCGCAAGUCCGGUCGCCGGCGGCGGACACACCUCCCCCAGCUCCGGCCGGACACCGUCAAGAAGGUCCGGGUGAGAACGCCCCGCCGCUCCCGCCUAGUGUUAAUUAGUACGACGAUCCUGCUGCCACUGCUCCUGCUCCAACUCCCAAGCUGUUGGGCCGUCCUGCUGGACGCCAACGGGGAAAGUGCGGCGGGGCCGGCCGGCGGAGGGGCUCCGUUUGGGGACGGGGUCGGGUUGUCCCUCGGGGGCAGCUUCAAUCUGGAGAAGAGUAUAGCGGCCGUGUUUAGCCGGGUGGCGUACGGCUCGACGACGACGACCAAGCGCAGCAUACCGGACAACGUGUACGUGCCCAGCCUGACGACCGUGUCGACGCCGCUGCUGACGACGUUUAGGUACCGAGAAAAGGACAAGGACCCUGGCAUGAGCCUAGGUGGCAGCGGAAGUGGCGGGGGAGCACUCGGCGGAACUGACCUGCUUGGUCCGGGACCGGGACCAGGAGGAGCCGGAGGAGGAGCGCCCCACUACAACCAGCAACAGAUUAGCCAGAACCACCGGGGUUACGAGCUGGACCUGGAGCGGGACCACGUGUUGCCGACGUCGGCGCCGAACGCGGAGAUUCUGAAGAGCAACAGCAACCCGACCUAUCCGAAUCCAAAUAGGCAUCAUGGUCAUGAUAGGCAUCGCCAUUCGAACUCGACGCCGUACCCGCAUGGCCACCCCAAGAAGGGCUUCCCCACGAACCCCAUGUUCCCGGGGGACAUCCCGUCGUACUCGCCACCCUCGCGCGCCUUCUUCACCCCACCACUGCCCCGCAACUACACGAACCCGUUCGCGGACAAACCAACGCUGCGCGGAACCAACAGCGACAGCACCAUCAUCAACACGAACACGUACGUGAACCGUCGGCCACUGCCACCACCCUCGCUGAUGCCAGGGCACGAGAGGAUCCCGAUUCGGCCGGAUUUGAAUGGGAGUGGGGCACCUGCGGCGCCCAAGGUUGAGGAACCGGUGCUGGUGACGGGGCCGGCAAGUUCGAGUCAGAGCAUUGAGGCGCAGCGGAGGAAGCCGUUGAAUACGCCCAGUGAGAAGAGUAACAAGCUGGAGGGGGGUAAGAGUUACGGGGUGGAUAGUAAGUUUAUGCUGGACGGGGGCGGGAACUCGAGUGCGAUCCUGCCGAACGGGAUGCACUUUCCGUCGAUCUCGCGGAUACUGAGUGGGAGCAAUGGGCGGACGCAGACGAUUCCGGAUGUGCUGCUGAGGUCGGUGACGUCGGCGCCGAGGCCGAAUCAGCCGACGUUUGAUUUGAAUGCGGGCGGGUUGCCGGCGGUGACUUCGUUGAGUAAUGCUAAGAACUUGAACAAGGGUGAGGGGGAUGAGGAUGGGGAUGGGUUCGAGGGUGGGAAUGAGAACAGUGGGAGUAGGGAUGAGGGGGAGGAGGAGGAUGAUGAUGAUGAUGGGGGUGGGGAUGAUGAGGAGGAUGUGGUGGGGGAGAAGAUUGACGGGAGCUUUUAUUCGACGGCGAGUGUGGCGACGAGUACGGUGAGUUCGGCUGGGGGUCAUCCCGCGUCGUCUUCUUCGCCGAUCACGCAGAAGAUGCCGAAUUUGAACUUGAAGUCGGUGAUGAUCAAGGCUAAUGCGAGUGGGGAGGAGGUAGGGGGUGGUUAUGGGAAUGAUCGUAACUUUGCGACGGAUAUUGAGGACAUUAGUACGUGGACGAUCGCGUGGAACAUUCAUGUGUAUUUGUCGGCGAUCUUGUUUACGAUCCUGGCGGUUUACUCGAUCUUCAAGAUCAUCUUCUACGACAAGUUGACGCACCUGUUCUCGCAGUCGUACUUUAUCAGCAUUCAUCUGAUCUUGAUCAUCAUCUGCCUGUUGAGGAUCUUCUACCUGUGCUACGACGCGUAUAACAUUCACUUCAGCUUUAACCUCUUCACCUCGGAACUACUCUUGAACCUCCCGCUAACCUUCCUCACGACGACCUUCGCGAUCCUGAUUCUGUUCCUGCUGCUCCGAUCGAUCAACCACAAAACCAACCGCUACAGUUCCAUCCUCCGUCCGCUCACGAUCAUGAUCGGAUCGGGAGUUCACGUGGGACUGUGCGUAACGCUGCACCUGGUUGAGUCGUACGAGACCCAGCAGUUCUACCACAAGCAGACGCAGCUGUUGUCUCGCGGCGGCGCCGCCGGACACGGCCCCACCAACAUCCAGAUCCCACCCCGUGUGCUCUCCCUCAUCUGCCAGAUCAUCUACAUCUUCAUCUGCUUGUCGCUUGGCAUCCUGUACCUGUACAUGUACCGACUGCUCAAGCGGAUCCUGCACAAGUCCCAGAACUACAUCCACGGGUACAACAAUCUGAGCUACGCGAUCCACAUCACGAUCGCGACGGCGCUGCUGUUCAUCCUGUUGGCGGCGCUGCAGAUCUACGGCGCGAUCAGCAUCAGCUCGCAGACCAAGGUCAAGCUGUCGCCGGCGAACAUGAACGACGCGGCGGCGGCGAAGAAGACGCUGUGGGCGAGCCACAUCGAGAUCGAUUGGUUCCAGUGGGGUUAUCAGUUCAGCUUGCGGUUCAUCGAGAUCGUGAUCAUUGCGCUGUUGUCGUGGGUGACUGGGUUGAAGACCGGGACGUCGAAGGGAGUGCCGCGCGAGAAGGACAUGGAGCAGCCGAACGCGAGUGGGUUCGCGCUGUUCCCGUGCACGUCGAGUUCGAGUCAGGAGAACUUUGAGACGGACUACCCGGCGGUUUGUAACGCGAACACGAAUCUGCACACUUACACGCUGAGGACGGGGAAGCCGAUCUACGAUGAUAACUUUGCGUUGAACUCGCUGAACUUGGAGCAGAACUCGGCGCAGGAUCUGCAGCCGAACGACUUCCAGCGAUCGAUCGAGACCAACAGUAUGAGGUCGAGCUCGCACAACUACAGCAACAACUACAACGGAAGUCAGCAGGCGGAUCAGCACGACGACUUUAUCAACGAUGGCGAGCAGAUGCCGGACCACUACGAGAACCCGAACUUUGAGCUGAAGCACCACCAUCGGGGAGAACCCCCGGGCGGAGGUCCGCAGUACCACGACAUCAUGGACAACUGCUACUCGGAGCCGAUCAACGCACCUCCGUACGACACCAAGAGUCUUCGCGGAAACCCCGGCCCACCUCCCCCUCAACCGAUCCACUCGCAGCAAAACUCGCGCAACUACGACUUCCAGAACUUUGAGCGACCCUCGUUCGACCAGGCCGCCUCCUCGCAGUCAAUUUCCCGCGGCGAGUUCCGCGCCUCCAAGAACCUCAAAACGCUCAAGUCCGGCCAGGCUGCGGCCGCCGCUGCCGCAAGCGGCGGCUACGACGGCGCCAACACGAUGGGCCACCACCACUACAACCACUUCAACAACUACAACGACUCGUUCGAGCGGCGGAUCGGCGUCCGCAAGUCCGGCACGCUCAACAACAUCGGCCACUUUAACCAGCACGGCGGCGGCGGUGGCGGCUCCGGCCGGAACAACAACAACUCCACCUCCUCGGCCUCCUCGUCCGCCUCCUCCAACAAUCGUGCAAUCGCGGCGCAACAGGCCGCCGGGCGACCCCCUCGCGGUGGCGGCCAUCUCAACGGUGCUCAAACGCUCGGCGCGGGUCGAGCCGACCACCACCACCAUCACCAUCACCACCCGCAAGCCGCCCCGCGGAAUCUCCCCCCUAGCGAGUUCCCCGUCCACCCGGGCAGCUUCAACGAUCGGCUCGCCAACGGCGGCUCCCAGGACGGCAUCAACAACUUUGACGACAACAGCAGCAGCGCCGCCAGCGGCGCCGGCAACUACUACCACAGCAAGAAGCGCUCGCGCGAAUCGUCCAGCUCGAGCUACACCGGCUUCAACGGCAAUGGCGGCGCCCCCGGUCUAGAACAUGGAGUGCCGAACGACGCCGGAAGUUCGUCGCCGACGGCGUCCGGCUCGAACGUGCCGAUCAACGGGCUCGGAGGAAGUAGUUCCGGAAGCAGCAGCGGAGUCCUGCCCGGCAAGAUGGGACCUCCCCCGCAGCAAACUAAUGGUGAUAACUCGUCGAUGCUGGUCGCCGAGCAAGGUUUCGUGCGGUUCCGGGCGCUGGAAGAGCCCGCGCUCGGGUCCCAGCGGACCGCCCUUAGGGAUAAGAACAAGCUAUUUAUGAAUUCUUAGAGUUUAGCGCCGUCGAGUCAGUAGAGAGUCGGUCUCCCCCUUCGUUUCUUCGUUUUUUUUUCUCGCUCUAUUUGAAGUUGAUAAUCGUCGUCGCAGCUAUGAAAGCGUUUCUUGGGUUCCUCCCCCGCACCCCUCCCCCCCAUUUCUCUUUUUUUAUGGUUGGAUUAAAUCAUUGUGUAAAUAGUUGACGCGAACGAACGCGCGUGUGUCGGGGGUGGGAACGAAACAAUUCAGUCACAAGUGAUCAAUUUAUUAUACUAAUAAAACAAAAAAAGUAUAUAGAAGAAAAGAAAAUGGCGCGAAAUGCUACGAUUUUAGUACGUAAGGCUGAAACAGAAAAAAAACUGAUGACAUUUAAAUAGUUGUGUAUAAAGCUCUAAAAUUAAAAAAAAAAGUCUCAAGUCGUGAACAGAAAAAAAAAACAUGAUUAAGAGGAAGUCGUGUCGCAUCUUCGCAUUUGUUCGUUGUAAAUUAUUGUUCUUUUUCGCCCCUUUUUCCGCAAACUCGAUUAAUCGAAACACAGUGUACAGUUAAACACACCAACAUAAACAUUCACACACAAACAAGGGAUAUAAAAACAAAAGUUUUCGCCUUUCCUCCUCCUCCUGUUCCCCUUUUUGCCGAUCAUCAAACCUCUAUUUCGAGUGUGUUUCCGCUUUUGAAAAACUUGUGCAAAUAAUAAAAAAAAACUAAAUGUUUAACAAUGAAGCACUUUACCUGUUGUCCCCCCCCCCCCUCCCUCCCUGUGGGGUUAAAGGUUUUACGAGACAAAAUUGAUUUUGACUGAAAUGCUUUUUAAAAUAACUCAUCAGCUUUGUUGGAUCGAAGCAUGCGGUGACCGUAAGGUUUCAAAAUAUAUAUUUUUUAUUUAUUGAAGGUGUUACGAGACAAAAUUGAUGCUUUUUUUUAAAUAACUCAUCAGCUUUGCUGGAUCGAAGCAAGCGGUCACCGGAUAGAUAUGGCUUCAAAAUAUUUCGGAAUUAGGAUUUUUUUAAAGGUCCAAAAACCCAAAUUUAUUUACUGCUUCUUGAGUGUUUUGGAAUACCCCUGACUCAUAGAAGUCACCAAAAUAACAAAAAAAAGCAAAAAAAAAAAAUGUUUUGAUACAUUUAAAAAAAUCUGAAAUUGUUUUUUUUCCGAUUCAUGUAGGAUUUUUACAACAAAUUAUAAUUUUUCUCAUAAAUAAUGGCUAAUUUGAAAAUAAAAAUAUUUUUGUUCAUUUUUUACCAACAUUUUGUAAUUUUCAGAUACUAAACCUGAAAUGUAAAAUUACUCUUCAAAUAAUUUUCGUUCUUGAGUUGAAAUUUAUUUUAAAAAUAGACAUGGAAAAUUCUUGAAAUAAAAAAAACAACUGAAAAUCAAAAUUCAGCAAACCUUGUAUUUGAAUGUAUAGCUCAAGUCUCACAAAUAAACUAAUUUUAUCAAGAAUUUAAACAAAAAUUUAAACAAAAAUUCUAAUUUGGUGGAUUUUUGUCAAAAAACUGAUCUUUUCUUAAACUUUGAUUUUAAUAUGGGUUUAAAAUGAAUCUAUUUUGAAUGUCCUAUUACAGUUGAAAUAAAGAUUUUUUUUUUUUGGCAAAAACUAAACAUUAAUUAUUUUAACAAAAUAAGUUUUUAAACUCCAACUGUUAUUAUGUAAAAUUGUUUAAUUUUGUGAACAUUUGUGUAAACCUUGAAACUUAAUAUAAUGAUUUUUUUCCAAAAUUUGAUUUGAAAAGAAACUCGAAUUGCAAUUUUGAACAUUUUUCAAUAGAAAAAGGUAUUUGUUAUCAAUUUGAGGGUUUUGUAAAACAACUUGAAUGUUGUCAAAAUCAAUUGUAAACAUGUUUGCUCAUACUAAAAAAUGCUGUUUUCUGCAAAUUUGUAUUAAUUUAAGUGCUUCUUACUUCAAAGUUUGGGUAUUAAUAAUCGUUAACGUUUUUGUCUUGAAAGGCAUUCCUUUUUUUGUGAUAAUGUAGGAAUAUUAAGUUAAAAAAAACAUGUUUAAAACAAUGUGUAAACAGUUUGGCUGCGCUUAUUUUUAUAACGUUCCAAAAUUUUCUCAAAAUUUUAAAUUGUCAUGAAAAAACUUGUACAAUUGAUUGUAAACUUUUGAAAUACAUUUUAUUAAGUUUAUUUUUGCAUUUUUAAUAAAAUAGGGCUUUUUACACAUGAAAUAUUAAAAACAAACGAAUUUUCAUAAAUUUAUUGACAUUUUGCUAAUUUUCGGUAGUAGCGUAACUGUAAAAAUAUUUAAACCGUAUUGUGGUACUUUAAACAUGAAAAUUUCAAAAGUUGGGCUUGAAAUUUGCAAUUAAGUUAAACAAAUUGUCGGCUUUUUUAUAAACUUACGAGCCUUAUCAAUUUUAUUCAAAUAUAUUUUUUUCCUUGAUUUUUUUUCAAAGUAUUGUAUUAAUAACUAGUAUUUUUGGCGAGAAACUCUUCUUUUGUUAAAUUACUAGUAUUUUUAAUUACCAAAAACAUGCUUGAAAUUCACGUAGAAAUUGCACUAUUUCAAAAACUACGAAAUUUGUUAAAAAGUCUUUUGUUAAAAAUUAUUAAAUCAGGAGAAAAUAAUUUAUUGUUUAAAAUAAUUGAAUGCGAAAUUCUUUUAUAAAAAUGAGGCAGUUUUACAUUGAAACUUAUUAUAUAACUUAGUCAAUAUUAUCGAUAUUUUUAAUCAUCACCGAUGAAAUAAUCGUUUAUCAAAAUCAACAUUUUCAAUUACCAAAUUAAUUGUUGCAACAUAAUAAAAACUUGAUAACAAAUGCUUUAAAUCUUAUUCAAAUUGUUUUUUUUGUUUCUAAUUUUUCUGGAAUUAAAAAAUAACGUUGUUUUGAGUAGAUUUCUGGAUUUUUUUUUUAAAGGUCCAAUAAACCCAAUUUUCAAUUUUUGCUUUUUGGUUGUUUUUUAACACCCCUGACUCAAGGCGGUUUCAAAAACAACAAAAAACGCAAAAACUGGAAAUUUGGUUUAUUUGACCCUUUAAAAAAAUCCAGAUUUUAUGUUCAUAGGUCAAACCAAUUGACAUUGAUAAGACAAGGUAAAGUCCACAGAGAAUAAAAUUCGAAGGUUGAAAAUUUGGUUGGCUGUCUCUUUUUUAGUAAUUUUUCGUAGAAUUGUGUUAAAAAAAUAAAUUUACAAAAAUUAAUAAAUAAACACUAUUUUGACACAAAAUCUGCCACUAUUUUCAGAUGCCAUAUUUCAUCAUUUUUUCUAUGUUGGAGCCAACAAAAAAAAGUUGGCAUGAAAUGCGGAUUAAAAAUAGAGCUUUUCAUAAUAUAAAAAAAUCAAUUUUCUGCACAAAUUUUACUGAAUUUGUUUUCUGCAUUUGUUAAGCAUCUAUUUCAAGAAAAAAAUCGCCACAAAAAUCGUCUUGGAAACGAAAAUAAUAUAUUAUUUUUUCGUCAAAUGCAAAGAAAAUCGUUCGAUUUGUUCGAUUGAGUUUGACGUGCAAAAAAAAAACACAGAAAAAAUCUAGAGAAAUCCUGGAAAAUACUACAAUUUUCACUUUUCUGAAAAUGACAAUUUUUGUCAGUUGAAAAAUCCGCCUUACCUUAUCUUAUCUGCGAAACCUUGCGAAGCUGCCAUUUUCUAGUGUCAAACGUCAAACCAACUUUCACCUCGCAUCUCUUUAUCGAUGUCGACUAGCAUCUCUCUAUCUGUCAGACACGAGCAUCCCGAGCAGAAAUGAAACUUUUUCAAAGAUUAAUAAAAUAUUUUCAUGUUUUUUAAGAUGAUUUGAAUAUUUAACGAUUGUUUUCUUUUCUAACGAUAUUUACGCAAGUUUUAAAGCCAUAACUAAUUUUGUCUCACAACACCCUUAAUCCUUCAAUUCCCUACAAAACAAGCCAAAUUUCCCUCUGUUUGAACUAAAUUGGUACUGAAAAGUGAAGGGGUGAAUUGACCGAAACGCGUCGUCUAUAAAAAUAGACGAAAGAGAGAGAAAGAAAGUGUUUCACACACACUGAAACGCAAUGCAAUUAGCCGUUUGCCCCUCAACCUCCCACCCUUUUAACCACGGUGUUAUUAAAAGAUGAAGAAUAAAAACAGAGUUGAAAAAAAAACAGAUACAAUGCAACCAAUUGUGAUGAUUUAAUCCGUCGUUUCUCUUUACCACACACACACAAACACAAACACACACUGAAAAAAGAAGCAUCCGCAAAAAUAGUACGUUAAUAAAUGAAAUAAGCCCUGCGCAGUGGUCAUCGUUUUGUCGUGUCGCUGUCGAUGUUUAGUCGAAUAAGAGAGAGAAAGUAAAAUCCCCGCAAACAAACAAAAAAAAAACACUGAGAAAAAAUAGCCACACUGAGAAAAAAGAGGUAAACAAAUAAAUGAAACAAAACAGAUGAUUUCGUGUUACAAGUAUUGAAUCAAUGUGUUUUUUUUAUUAGAGUGUAAACGAAAUAUUUUAAACAUGCAAAUCUUGUGUAUAUUUACAAUUUGUUGGUUUUAAGUUUCCGAGCAUUUUUUAGACUUUCCAGCAACCGCGCACGGUGGGUUCGCGCGAGCCCGUUAGCCGACGAAAGUUUUGCAAACAAAGACUGAAAUUUGAGACCGAAAUCCCUGCAAAAAUCUUAUUCGUUGGCAAUUUCAAAUUAGAGAAGAAUCACGUAUUAGUCUUGUGCCAUAGAAGAUGUUUUAGUUCGCACAAAUCAGCUCAAACUUGUUUUUAAUUUUAACUUCACAGAUUAAACGCAGGCGGACCCACUGUGCGAAAGGUUGACCUCUUAACUUUGCAUUUAACUUUACUUCUUAAAACUUUCACCAACUUACGAAAUCGUGUGCAGCUUUGCGAAACGAAUAUUAAAAGAAGGCUAGUCUCUAUUGUUUAUUUAAUGUUUUUUUUUUUUGUUAGAAAUUCCAUCCACGCACUCACACACUCACUCGCAUACGAACCUAAUUGCGUCCUUUUUGUUUCCUAAAGAAAUCUAUGAAAAAAAAAAAACUAAACUGAACAAAUCAUCUCAUUGAAAUCGACUCUUGCCGCAGCAGUUUACUAAUUAGAAGAUCGAACUAAUACUACUUAAGCAAAACGUCACAAAAAAACACAAACACACACACACACACUUGUAAGAAGCAUCACGUCCCAUUUGCAAAACAAACAAAAAACUGUUCAAAAUAUUACAACAAUGAAAAACUCUAGUAAAUAAAUUGUGAAAAUUUCUCUCUUCUCUAAACAAAACAAAACAAAAAAAAACACGCGCCAUCGUCGCCAUUCAUUCUUUCCGUUCGAAAAUCUUUUACCAAAAAAAUAAAAAAUAAAACAUGGAAAAUAUCGCAAAAAAUCACACACUCACACACAAGCAAAGCAUCCCUCUUGUACAUGUUAUCCUCCUGUGAAAAAAAAAAAAAACAAACAAACAAACUUGUAAAACAGAAAACUUUAAAAAUAUCGAAAAAAGGAAACGCUGACGAAAGCACGAGCUGAUCGAAACUCGUACAUUAAAUUAGUAAAUAUUAAGUCAGAAACUGCGAAGAAAACAAAAGAAAACUGAACAAAUGAAAAUAUAAUGAAAUUAUAAAUAUUUAAUAAAAAAAAAAACAAAUCUGUUGUAAAAAGUCACUCAAAUCCCUAUCCGCAUCUCUCGCCUCCCCUCUUUUUCCAUUAUAAAAUAUUUACCUAAAAACAAACAAAUGAUACCGGUUUAUUUCCUUUUGCAUCUUCUUCUCAAGGAAACAAAUGAAAAUGAAAAAAAAAAUAAUUCAAAAAAAAAAAUGAUAACGUAACACAGAAACAUACAAGGAAGCCGACAACAUGAAGAAGAUGAAGAUAGUGAACAAGAACCUUUUUAGCCAGUAAGUUAUUGAAAAGAAUGAUGAAAACAAACAAAAAUCACAGAA